AUCAUGUCUGGAAGAGGUAAAGGCGGAAAAGGACUCGGGAAAGGAGGCGCCAAACGUCACCGCAAAGUGUUGCGUGAUAACAUCCAGGGAAUCACCAAACCCGCAAUCCGUCGUCUCGCUCGCCGUGGCGGUGUCAAGCGUAUCUCCGGUCUGAUCUACGAGGAGACUCGCGGUGUGUUGAAGGUGUUUCUGGAGAACGUUAUCCGUGAUGCUGUCACCUACACUGAACACGCCAAGAGAAAGACCGUCACUGCCAUGGACGUUGUGUACGCGCUGAAACGACAGGGACGAACUCUCGGAACAUUCAGUCACAUUUUAUGUGAAGAACGGAGAAGAAUCGUUGACGUCAUGGCAAGAACUAAACAGACCGCUCGUAAAUCCACCGGUGGAAAAGCCCCGAGGAAGCAGCUCGCUACUAAAGCCGCCCGUAAGAGCGCACCAGCCACCGGCGGAGUCAAGAAGCCUCAUCGUUACAGGCCCGGUACCGUGGCUCUGCGAGAGAUCCGCCGUUAUCAGAAGUCCACUGAGCUGCUGAUUCGCAAACUGCCUUUCCAGCGUCUGGUGAGAGAAAUCGCUCAGGAUUUCAAGACGGAUCUGCGCUUCCAGAGUUCCGCUGUCAUGGCCCUGCAGGAGUCCAGCGAGGCUUAUUUGGUCGGUCUGUUUGAGGACACCAACUUUUUAAUAUUCGUUAUCAUGUCUGGAAGAGGCAAAGGCGGUAAAGGACUCGGGAAAGGAGGCGCCAAGCGUCACCGCAAAGUGUUGCGUGAUAACAUCCAGGGAAUCACCAAACCCGCAAUCCGUCGUCUCGCUCGCCGUGGCGGUGUCAAGCGUAUCUCCGGUCUGAUCUACGAGGAGACUCGCGGUGUGUUGAAGGUGUUUCUGGAGAACGUUAUCCGUGAUGCCGUCACCUACACUGAACACGCCAAGAGAAAGACCGUCACUGCCAUGGACGUUGUGUACGCGCUGAAACGACAGGGACGAACUCUGUACGGAUUCGGAGGAUAAACGACUUUAUUCAGGAGAAAUCAGACCAACCCAACGGCUCUUUUAAGAGCCACCCACAAUCUCACACAAAGAGUUGAUGUUAAAAGAAAUGUUAUUCGAUUAAUGACUAUAUAUUGAAAUUAUUAUGAAUUUAAUAUUUGAAGAUCUGUACGGAUUUCUUGUUUCGUGCAGC